AUGGAUAUGAGGUCUGGUGGACAUUUUGAAGUGCACGGAGAGGGUGCGGAAGAAGGGAGCCGCCAAAGCAACAAUCGUUUCACCUUUCGCCGCCCUGGCAGUGCUCCAUUUGCCUCAGCCCCGUUUGCCUCGGCGACGGCAACCACCUUGUCUGCUCCCAGACCGAAAAUGAUGCAGAGGAAUGUCCUGAUUGCGGACGUUGUUGACGGGAGACCUCAAACUUCUAGGGCAGUCACAGUAAACUUUUCAGACUUUGAGGCCUCAGUGCCAGCCAUAACAGCCAAGGUGGUAGAAGCUUUGGGCCAGGAGGAGACAGUUGUCCUAAUUGACAACCAUGGCAAUCAGAUUGUGGACUCUGAGGGAACGAGAGGUUCUGCAUUCUGGAAGCAGCAUGCCAGAAAAGUUUUUGCAGUACCGGAGGCACAGUUCGAGCUGCUGCGAAACAGCAAAAGAAGACGGGAAAGUCGAAAUGAGGACACACAUGACGAACUGCGAGAAAACCUGGAGGUGGUGUCCAGCAUUCUAAAAAACUUAACAAAAUUCAUCCAGGACAACCCGGUGACACCACCGCUGAGUCGGAGACAGAUAGACGUCAUAAAGAGCGCCUUCACUUGUAUUAUCUGUACAGAUCUGAUGAAGGACCCCGUUUUUGCCGAGUGCUGCAGAAGCCUCCUGGGCUGCAGGGGUUGUGUGGAUCAAUGGAAGCAAAACCAAGGGUACUGCCCAAAGUGUAGAGGGCCGGCCUUUGACGUUCACGGGCACUCUGUGGUGGGCCUGGAUGAGGCACUAGCUGCACUGCAGCUUCUCCUUACUUAA